AUGAAUGACGAUGCUGAGGAUUCCACUGCCAGCAGCAGUUCUGCUACGGUUGUCUUAGCUCCGAUGGCCCAGCAGGCGAGAGCGUCUAAUGCAGAGGAUGACUGGACAGGGCAAGCCUAUCAGGACUACAUGUUGGCGGCGCCGCGGCCCACUGCGCUGCAGACGCUGGUGCAACUCAACGUCCUCGACGCCCUUGCCCAGAAUGCCGCUACCUUGAAUAUCACCAUUGAAUCACUCUGCGCAGAAAACACGCUCUCGCCUUUCGCCCACAAUGGCCCUCCCAGGCCGGAUGAAGCCUCCUUGCCUCCGAGCCUUCAGCCCACCGCGUUGCAGAGGACGGUGUCUCAUCAUCCGUGGAUCGACAUAUUCCCGCUCCCGGAGGUGAGGGACAGCAUCCUUCGCAUCUGCGGCACCGCGGAGGAAGAUGAGCUCAACAUUGAUUUGGUUGAUGUCGAAGAGAAUGAUCGCGAGAAGCCUAAUUUGGUCCAGAGAUUGAAUCGAGCAUGUCGCGAGCCCCUCGGUGCAUGGCCUAGCACGCAGCAAGAAGGCAUAGAGAAUCGGCACCGAAAAUUGCUACUGUUUGUCCUGGGCUCAUAUCCAGAAAAUUCGGAUGACAGCCCAUCCGCGAAAGUGUCAGAUACGAAAAGACAGUCGAAAGUUAUGUCAGAUGGUGGGCCCUGUGUUGCGAACAUUGGCACCUGUGUCAUUCUGGUGGACAAGGACUGGAAUGCCGAUGCUUGGGACAUUUUAGGCGCCGACCAGAGCGGCGGCACACAGCCAUCAUGA